GUUUCUAUAUAAACCCCAAGGAAGACCGAAAAGAACAGAUUAACAAAAAAAAACUGGGAAAACAAAAUUUUCAAAUUCCAAGACGAGCUUAGCAAUUUCGGCAAAUCCGCUCUACAAUUCCAUCAUUCUUCACGGAUUUCAUACUCGUUCGUUAGCAGAGAGUUGAGUUCAGUUGGCUACAAAAAGUACACCAAUGGCAUCAAAAGUAGUUCGUUUGAUUCAGGAUCAGAACCUCAAUGUUCACUCUGAUGCAGGAGCUUCAGUUGCGGGAAAGGGUGAUGCAUUCAAAUCAACCAAGAAAGGGGGACUUGGUGGAAGGAAACCUCUAGGAGAUCUAUCAAAUAGGGGAAAGCCUGAUUUUACCAAGGCAUCAAAAAAGCCUGCUCUCACCAAUGUUCCUGAAAUCAUUGCUGAUGCAAGCAAUAAGAAAGGCCUUUCUAAAGCCUCGGAUAAAGUGCAGACUCGUGGCAGCCGCAAGGCACUAUCUGAUGUGUCUAACACAGUGAAACCACCUCUUCAGAAGACUUCAAGUGCUGUGGCAGAGGAAUCCUCUUGUGAUUUUGAGAAGGAAGGUUUCCUGCAUGACCAUAAACAGUGCAUCAAAGCAAUGAGAGAGGCUACCCACAUGGAUCAAAUGGAUAUAUUUAGGAUGAUACAUGGACCAAAUCCAUUCAAGAUUCUUUCAUCUCCACCAAAAGCUUCUCAGUUUACCAAAGUUGAGGAGGAGAGUCUGACCGUGUACUUGGAAGAGAUACCUGAGGAUCAAUCCACCUUGCUGCCUAUCAAGCAGGACUCCUCCGUCUCCUCACCUCCUUGCAAUUCUCCACCUCUAUCACCAGUACGCUAUACCGAUUCCCCUUGGAUUUGGGAGGAGUGUGAUUUUCAGGUGAUGGGAACACCAUAGUUUCCUACGCACUGCUUCCAAACUGUGUACCAUGUGAUGCGCCAUCAAUCAACUUCAAAUUGAUGUAGCCAGGACAACUCUGUUAUUAGUUUUUCUUGGGCUUUCAAUAGUUCAGCAUUUGAAUGCUCGUCCUAGUUCCUAAAGUUGAUGGUCCUGUCUGUAGAUAUAGUACUUCUUCUGGUUCAGUUAAUGCCGUACCUAUGUACCUAUGCAGAAUCUGAUAUUUCUAACUAUUUAGCUUUCA